CUCGGUGAAAAAAAUGUGGACACCGCUGAUAUUAUGAUCUUGAUUAAAAUCAGAUUUAAAUGAGAUGAACUCCAUUACCCAUAAACCCUCUGUCAGCGUCUUACGUCAUAACGUCAGACGGAAGGUAUACUUCAACAUGGAGGACAUCGUAGCCGUAGAAAAGAGCCCGGAAGAGAUGCCUGCAAUCCUGACCUCCAGACCCCAGACAGGCCUGUCCUUCCUGGCACCUGAACCAGAGGACCUUGAGGACCUUUACAGCAGAUACAAGAAGCUGCAGCAGGAGCUGGAGUUCCUGGAGGUGCAGGAGGAAUACAUUAAAGAUGAACAGAAGAACCUAAAGAAAGAAUUCCUCCAUGCCCAGGAGGAGGUGAAGAGGAUACAGAGCAUCCCGCUUGUUAUUGGCCAGUUCCUGGAAGCUGUGGACCAGAACACAGCCAUUGUUGGCUCCACUACAGGGUCCAACUACUAUGUGCGCAUCCUGAGCACCAUCGACAGAGAGCUGCUGAAGCACGCCUCAGUGGCUCUACACAAGCACAGCAACGCCCUGGUGGAUGUGCUCCCCCCCGAGGCUGACAGCAGCAUCAUGAUGCUGACGUCAGACCAAAAGCCAGAUGUGAUGUAUGCUGACAUUGGUGGUAUGGACAUUCAGAAGCAGGAAGUCCGAGAAGCUGUAGAGCUGCCACUCACACACUUUGAGCUCUACAAACAGAUUGGCAUUGACCCACCCAGGGGUGUCCUUAUGUACGGACCUCCGGGAUGUGGUAAGACCAUGUUGGCCAAGGCUGUGGCACAUCACACUACAGCUGCUUUCAUCCGCGUGGUGGGCUCUGAGUUUGUUCAGAAGUAUUUGGGUGAAGGCCCUCGUAUGGUGCGUGAUGUCUUCCGGCUGGCGAAGGAAAAUGCACCAGCCAUCAUCUUUAUUGAUGAAAUCGAUGCCAUCGCCACCAAGCGUUUUGAUGCACAGACUGGAGCUGACAGGGAGGUGCAGAGAAUCCUUCUGGAGCUGCUGAAUCAAAUGGACGGCUUUGACCAGAACGUCAAUGUCAAGGUGAUCAUGGCCACCAACAGAGCAGACACGCUGGACCCGGCUCUGCUACGUCCUGGUCGUCUGGACAGAAAGAUUGAGUUCCCCCUGCCCGACCGCAGGCAGAAACGUCUCGUUUUCUCCACCAUCACCAGCAAUAUGAACCUCUCUGAGGAGGUCGACCUGGAGGACUAUGUGGCUAGACCAGACAAGAUCUCUGGAGCCGACAUCAACUCCAUCUGCCAGGAGGCUGGCAUGUUGGCGGUCCGUGAGAACAGGUAUAUCGUCCUGGCCAAAGACUUUGAAAAAGCUUACAAAACCGUCAUCAAGAAGGACGAGCAGGAGCACGAGUUCUACAAGUAGAGAGUAAAAAAACACAUCCUAGGGAACAAAAAAAGGUGUCCAGACACGGGGGUUUGUUAUUGAUUUACGUCUGUGUCUAUCUACAGUAUGUCUUUUGUGGAUUUGCAUUCACUGACUUCCAUUGAUUUUGGACUAAAUGUACUCACUGCUGCAGAAGGCCUAAUGUCAGCCCUGUACCUCCUUAAGACGCACUACCAUGUGAAGGAGGGAUUUGUGCACAGGCUCUCUACUGACUCCUAAAGAUAAGGCCUCAAAACGUAGCUAGGAUAGAACAUUUGUAUCUAUAUGUACUCACUUAACAAUACAUUACAAAAAUCCAUUAAAGAUGUUUUCCAUAAAAAAAAU